CCACGUAUCCAUGCAGGAAGGUGAGGGGUAAAUAGCCUUGUGCAUUCAAGAACGCCUCUAAUACGACGACGCUUCCAAAUUAACAAUCAAGUCAGCACUAUUUCAACCUGCUACAAAUGCAACCGUCGUUCCGUUAGAGCAUAUUCCAUGGAAGCGAUAUACAAUUUUGCGGGAUUCUCAGUCCCUACAACACCACCUGAGUGUAAUGCCGAGGAAGCACUGCGUCUUCUGGCCGCAGUAUUGCCAACAUUUGUUGCAGUUGCCAAAACAGUUGCUGCUAAUCUCUCCGAUUCAAAUCAACAGGAACGGAGUGACAUAAAAGAAACUGAGAACUUUUAUUGCGAAUAUAUCGCUAAGACAUUCGGUAUCAACGCUUUUCUUGAGACAAGUGACCUAGAUUCAGCAUCAACAUGGCCAGAGGCAACAAUCAAAUUAUUCCGGCAGUUGCUGCAUAGCUUAGACGCUGCAUUUGUAUCUGCAUCCAAAUGUAUAGGGAUAGUAGAAAUGCAUCGCGAGCUGGGCUUCGAGCGCCGAAAGAAUGAGUCACACCCGAAUCUCCGAGCGCUAUUCCGUAUCCUCCCUGAAGACAACGAGUGGAGCGAGAAUUCUCUCGCUAUGUUAAUUCAAUUUAUACGACCAUAUAAAAAGCGAUCAGUUGAUCGAGCUACUAUACUCGGAUAUCUGGAUCUAGCUUUUGACUUGCUGAUGGAUAUGCACCUACAGAGAGCCGACGCACCAGAAUGCCCCCGUCACUUUGCCAAAUACCCCGUUAAACAUGUCAGAAGGUUUUCCAAGAUCUUAUUUGAUGUGCUCGGGAAGUCGUGGUGUUGUGAUUGCAAUACACGUUUCCAUCUACAACGAGCGAUGAAGCUAAACUUAACGCAACACCAGCGAUUCGAGACAGUGUCUCUGCGAGGCAAUAGCCUAGCCCAGCAGGAUGCUCUAUUUCGUAUCAUGUUUCCAACAAAGCAUAUAUCACCUCGUUGGCAAGAUACCGAUGUCAUAGUAAAAGAGAGAAUCUCGAGAGGGAAGUUCAAGACGGAGAUAAACAAGAAUUUCUGUGGCAUUAUUGAAAAUACCAAAUCUAAUAUCGUUCCGAAUAUUAUGGUUUACGAGCAGAGGCUUUGGCAAAUGCGACCAGCCAUUGAUCCAUCAGGACCUAUUAAAAUUCCUGAUGGUGAGUUUAUGACCCUGGCGGAGUUGCUUAAACAGCCGCAAGGUCGCGCUUCUCUGCUGUCAACGAUACCUUUCAAGGAACGUGUUGUUCUAUCCAUCAUAAUUGUAACGACAUUUCUUCACUUUUAUAAGAUCGACGAACACGACUUACAGGCAACGUUAACGAUUGAUACGAUUUGUUUCCAAGUUAAGCAUCAUUCAUUUAGCAUCCAACGCCCAUACUUGAACAUACAAUUUAUGAGAGAUUCGGUGCAGCCCAAACUGGAUGAACUACCAGAGGUGCAUUGUCUUCCCGACGUCCUCUCGCUUGGCAUACUUUUACUACAAGUAUUACGAGGUACGCCUUUAGAAAUGUUGGACAACCAGGACAGAUGUUGGCAAGCUCUAUCGGCGCGUGACAGCUGGCGUAAAUUUCAAGGUCGUGCAUCGGCUGGUACCGUGCCAUAUGGCUGUUUUGAAGCUACAUCCGCAUGUCUGGACCCAACCCAGCUGCAAGAUAACGGGUUGGACCUCAUCGAUACUAAAGACGAAAGUAUCCGACAGUACGUCUUUGAGAGGGUUCUCUAUCCAUUAGAGGAGGUCUUGCUAGACAUAUAUAAUAUACCGCUCCGGUCUUUAUGUGAUACAAACAACGAGACCCAUGGCGAGGAGGCAAUAGUUCUAACACAGUUGACAGAGAAAGAGAUUGCUGGGCGCGGAUGGCGCCGACAACUGGAAGGAGUGCACAACGCAAUGUAUCAUUCUUUUUCAAAGCGAUUAUCCAAAGAUCAACAGAGGGAGCACUCUGUGAAGAUUGCCAUCCUGGACACUGGGCUUCAAUUGGCAGAUGCACUACAAGAAAAUUACAUAGCAGAGGGACGAAUUUCUAGUGCAGAUUGCAAGUCAUUCUGUACAUCAGAGUGGAACUUUGAUACAGAUGGUCAUGGCUCAUGUAUAGCGCAAAUUAUUCUCGAUGCUGCACCUCAUGCUGAAGUAUAUAUCGCCAAGAUUUGCGAACGACGCAAGGAUUUCAAGAACAGGCAUGCGAUCGAAGUUCAAUCGAGAAUAGCACAGGCUAUUUACCAUGCAACCACAGUGUGGGAAGUGGAUGUGAUUAUUAUGAGUUUCGGGUUCGAUGAAAGAGUCGCUGUCAUCAACCAGGCCAUGGAACAGUCGACCAGGGCAAGGAAGCAGCCACUCUACUUUGCUGCAACGUGCAAUGAUGCUGCACACAAAGGAAUAGCAUGGCCAGCACGGGAAGCCAAUGUGUUUGGUAUAAGCUCAACUGAUGGCGAUGGGCACAUUUCCACAUUCAAUCCCCAUGACAACGAGGCACACCCUAUCUUUUAUGCAUUUGGAGAUGGCGUCGAAGUGCAGUGCAAAGAUGCCAAUGGCAACUUUUCCACAAAAUUUAUAUCCGGCACCUCAUUUGCAACACCUAUAGCAGCAGCACUGGUGGCAAACCUAUUGACAUGCGUUCGACUAGGCAUUAAAACCUUAUCUCCAGAAGAUGCUGCGAUCUACGCCGAUCUACCGCGCGAGCUGCAACAGAUGAACAAUAUGGUCAAAGUUAUGCGUCAUUGUAUGCAAACUAAGAAUCAGCAGAAGCAAAGCAGUCUUUUACCGUGGGAUCUGCUUAAGUCACCGGCGUACGGCGAUGGAGGCCUUCUACAAACCGUUUUGAACACAUUAAACAAAUGCUAA